UCGAGUGAUAAUAUUUCGUAUCAUUUCGACUUUUGUGCAUUUCGUUGAAUACUAAAUUUCACGAGUAACGCUAUAAUGACUUUUCAGUCAUACAUAAGUUCGAGGAAAAUGUCAAACUUCAGCUUCAUAGAACUUGAACAGUUUUACAACGAGGCGACCCUGCUGUUUGGAGAGCUCCGGGAUAAGAAACUACUUAAGAAACUUCCCGAUGAUAUAUCCAGUAGAAUUGUUGGACUACUCGACCAAUACGUUAUAGCCGAGAAAGAAGCUUCUUCUCCUGAAGGAUGUUUGGAAUUCGACUCGAGGCGUGAUGGGGAGGUGGUUCCGGCCAACUGUUACUCCAGCAACGAUAUAACUGACUUCAUAUGGAGAGGGAAUGUUGAGGUCAAAGGACUGAUCAAAGGACAAAAGCUUCUCAAGAACUUCUGUAUUGCGCACGGCAAUCGGCUGUCAUUAUUUGCAGGUUCCAAGAAAAAGCCCCUUAAAGCUCAGAUGGUUCUGACAAAUGCUGCUCAUGUCGAAAUGAUUCCAGAUGGGAAGAAGCAUGGCAACCUUUACUCCAUCACUGAACUCGCCUAUCCAGUGGUUACGGUAAAAUUUCCUUCGGUGGACGAAGGACAACAGUGGUUUGAAGCUUACAAAGCAAGCCAACUUUCUACCGUCUCGAAGGAUAACGAAUUAGUUUUGUCUUACGCCGAAGAAGAAGAAGACGAUGAGAUGCUGUAUGAGGCGCUUGAAGAUAUCGACGAUUCUACGCAAAGCGCAGGGUCGUUUGCCACAAGUCACAGUACUGGAGAGUUGUCAAAAAGCGUCUCGUUCGCUAGUCAAGACCUGUUACAGAGCGAGGGUGGGAGUGUGACACAUUCGGACAGCAGACAGAGUCAACUGUCACUAAACAGGACUGACAGUCAACUGAGUCACGUGUCUGAAAAAAGGAACGAGGCUCCUUCUCCGGAAUUCAGCGAGAUAAUCAAGGAGGAAGAUAUGAUGAAGGUGCUUGAAGAAGAUGUGCCAAGUUGCUGGGGCGAGUUUAGCUACCAGCAGGUGUACCAGACUGAAUGGAGCUUCAACCUCAGCCAAACAGUUCUUCCGGGCAAAAAUCUGUUAAGUUUGAAAAGAGGACAGAUGGUGCUGAUAAAAGAGCAGGUUAAUUCUGACUGGUGGGAAGCUGUGGAUUGUCGAGGAAAAGAGGGUUUUGUAGCUUCUUGCUUUCUGUCACUCGCUUUCGAGUAGCAAAUGUUACACGCCACAUACGAAUUACGAUCAUUUAAUGGCAUGCAGUUAGUUUAAAUAUCUUCCCAGAAAUGCUCAGUUAUCAACCAUAAAAUUGGUUACUUUUCAGGAAUUUUGUACGAGUUCUUCGAAUUUGACAUUUUAUGGCCAGACUUUUAAUAAGCUGUUUUAAUAAAUUUCAAUAUCUUGGGAUCUUUUUUGCUAUAUCAUGAUACUUUAACUGUAUAAGUCAAUAGAACUCUUUAGCGAAAACUGUCAAUGUUGUUAUAGCGAUUUUAACCUGAUCGUUUAAAAUGCGGCCACCACAUUUUGCCUGUCAAAUUAAAUGAUUUCAUAUGUUAUUGCUUUCAACAGUUAUAUUGCAAUUAAUCAAAUUUCCCACAACGAGAGUUUCUGGCUUCUGCACGAUUGCAUAGAAAAUUUAUGAACUUGCCGACUAUUUAAAUACAAAACCUAUCCAAUAUUGAUUAUGAGAU